AUGACGACGACAGCGACGACCCUCAAGGGCCAGCCUCUGGACCGGGCGAUCCUGGACUCGAUGCUGCGGAGGCGCAUGUUCUACACGCCCUCAUUCGAGAUCUACGGUGGUGUGUCUGGCCUCUACGACUACGGCCCGCCGGGCUGCGCCCUGCAGGCCAACAUCAUUGAGACAUGGCGGAAACACUUCGUGCUCGAGGAGGAUAUGCUAGAGGUUGACUGCAGCGUCUUGACUCCUCAUGACGUGCUCAAAACGAGUGGCCACGUGGACAAGUUCGCAGACUGGAUGUGCAAAGACCCUAAGAACGGCGAGAUUCUACGGGCGGAUCAUUUUGUAGAGGAAGUCUUGGAGCUGAGACUAAAGGGCGACAAGGAGGCUCGCGGGCAAAAGUUCGAGGAGAAGGAGGAGGACCCCAAAAAGAAAAAGAAGAAGCAUAAGGGUAUCGAGGCCGUCAAGCUCGACGAUGCCGUCGUGAAGGAGUACGAGGAGAUCCUCGCUCAGAUCGACAACUACAACGGCGAGCAGCUGGGCCAGCUCAUCAAAAAGUACGAGCUCAAGAACCCUGCCACUGGCGUAGAGCCCAGCCCACCAGUAGCUUUCAACUUGAUGUUCCAGACCUCAAUUGGUCCCAGCAGCAACCUGCCGGGUUACCUGCGCCCGGAGACUGCUCAGGGCCAGUUCCUUAACUUCUCCAAGCUCUUGGAGUUCAACACACAGCAGAUGCCCUUCGCUUCUGCGUCUAUCGGCAAGUCUUACCGAAAUGAAAUCUCCCCGCGAGCUGGUCUUCUACGUGUUCGCGAAUUCCUCAUGGCCGAGAUUGAGCAUUUCGUAGAUCCUGAGGGCGGCAAACACCAUCCUCGCUUCCACGAGGUGGAGGACAUCAAGCUUAAGCUUCUGGACCGACACACUCAACUUUCUGGCAAGACUACGAUCACAGAGGUGUCUAUUGGCGAUGCAGUCAAGACAAAGCUGGUGGACAACGAGACAUUGGGCUAUUUCCUUGCUCGUAUCCACCUUUUCCUCGAGAAGCUUGGUGUUGACCAGACAAAGAUCCGUUUCCGCCAGCACAUGGCCAACGAGAUGGCCCACUACGCCGCUGACUGCUGGGAUGCAGAGCUCCUUACUUCUUACGGCUGGAUUGAGUGCGUUGGCUGUGCUGACAGAAGCGCUUACGAUCUGAGUGUUCAUGCUCAGAAGACUGGCGCGCCCCUAAUCGUUAGAGAACGCCUAGAUCAGCCUAAGGUGAUCGAGGAGUGGGCAGUGGAGAUCGAGAAGAAGAAGUUUGGUCCUCAGUUCAAGAAAGAUGGCAAGGCCGUUGAGGCCGCUGUUCUAGCCACCACCCAGGAGCAGCGAGAAAAGCUUGCAAAGGAACUUGAGGAGAAGGGCAGCUUCACUAUCGAUGUUGCCGGCGUCAAGGACGGUAAAGUCGAGGUGAGCAAGGACCUUGUCAGCAUCCAGUGGACCAAGAGAACCGAGAACACCAGAGAGUUCACACCCAACGUCAUUGAGCCGUCAUUUGGUAUUGGCCGUAUUCUCUAUUCUCUCAUUGAGCAUUGCUACUGGACUCGUGCUCACGAGGGCGGCGAUGAGGCUCGUGGUGUGCUUUCCUUCCCUCCCACAAUCGCCCCGACCAAGGUCUUGAUUGUGCCGCUAUCUUCAAAUAAGGAUUUCACGCCAGUUGCUCGCAAAUUGUCACAAAAGCUCCGCUCGUUGGGCGUCUCCAGCCGCGUGGACGACUCCUCGGCCACAAUUGGCAAGCGUUACAGCCGAAACGACGAGCUCGGCACGCCGCUUGGCGUCACCAUCGACUUCCAGACAAUUAAGGAUGGCACGAUCACUCUGCGCGAUCGCGACUCAACUACGCAGGUCCGGGCUGAUGAAGACAAGAUUAUUGCUGCAGUGCAGUCCCUUGUUGAUGGCAAGAAGACAUGGAAGGAUAUCGAGACCGAGCUUCCCGCCUUUGAGGGUCAAGAUGCAGAAGUGCCAGUCCGGUAA